CAUGAUCUGAUGCUCCACGGUUCAUCUCCACACGGUUUAUGGGCGCAGAUUCCCGGCAGAAAUGCCCCCAAAAGAGCCACAGAUAACGGGACUACGAACACUGACAGCACCUGAAUGAGACUCGAGGAUGGAAAUAUUUCAGAGGGGAAACCUGAGGAGAGGAGUGGCGCUCUGCCUUCUGCUGCUGGCUCUCACACACGAGGCCACAGGCCAGAGAAGAAACACAGGACGCAGGAACAACUACAGGCUGCACGAGGACGGAGGAAAUGGUCUAACAUGUUCUCUGGAGGUGGCUUUCAUCCUGGACAGCUCGGAAAGUGCAAAAGUACUCCUGUUUGACAAGCAGAAAGAUUUUGUGUUGAGCUUCAGCACCCGCCUCGCCAUGCUGCAGGUGACCGGUUGGAAGCUGAACGUGCGAAUGGCCGCACUUCAAUACAGCAGCUCUGUAUCCAUAGAGCGCAGAUUCUCAGACUGGAAAGGCCUCGAUUCAUUUCAAGGUCAAGUCGGCGCCAUGAGCUACAUAGGCCAUGGCACCUACACCACCUACGCCAUCACCAACGCCUCGCAGCUGCUGGUGCAGGAGACGCCGGCGGACAGCGUGAGGGUCGCGGUGCUGAUGACGGACGGGGUUGAUCAUCCACGGAACCCUGAUGUGAUUUCAGCGGCAGCAGAGGCCAAAGGUCACGGCAUAAAGUUUUUCGCCGUGGGCCUAUCAGACAUCGCCCAACAGAGUCAGAACAACGGCAAGCUGCGCGCCAUCGCCAGCACACCGGCUCAGCAGUUUGUCCAAAGUCUUCUCAACCCUCAGCUGGAGGAGAAGCUGCUCAAAGAGAUGAGUGCAGUGGCAGCUGAGUGGUGUCCACAGGCUCAAGUGUGUUUGUGUGAGAGAGGAGACCGAGGCCCACCGGGAAGUCCAGGUAGAAAAGGGGACGCAGGUUUCAGAGGGUCGAUCGGUCUAAAAGGAGGGAGGGGUGAGCCCGGCUUAAACGGUCGACCUGGAGGUGAUGGACCAGAGGGACAACCAGGUUACAAGGGCAACAAGGGGGAGAGAGGAGACUGUGGCACUCCGGGGGAAAAGGGUGAAACUGGACCCGAGGGACCUCCAGGACAGCGAGGAUCAAAAGGAGCACAGGGUGCAUUAGGACCACCAGGAGACAUGGGAGCUGAGGGUCCAACAGGACUUAAAGGGGACAGAGGACCCAAUGGGGCUCCUGGACCACAAGGGGACAUCGGUAUUGGAUUCCCAGGAGCAAAGGGUGAAAAAGGCAUUCAGGGAAGACCGGGUCCCACAGGUCCAGUUGGUAUAGGAGAACCAGGACUACCAGGUCCCCCAGGACCACCUGGAGCACAGGGGAACCCCGGACCACCAGGAGAGGGCUUCCCAGGGCCGAAGGGUGAUCGAGGACACGAGGGUCCAAGAGGAAACCGGGGACUUUCUGGUGUUGGGGCCAAAGGCGACAAGGGCAGUCUUGGGCCACCUGGGAUUCCAGGUCCAGUUGGUUCUCCUGGUUUUGGAUUUCAAGGCGAAAAGGGUGAUCUGGGACCAGCCGGACCUGCGGGCCCCAGAGGAGCUCCAGGUGUUGGAGUAACUGGACCAAAGGGGAAUCAAGGACUUCCAGGUGAUCCUGGACUGCCAGGUGAGAGAGGAGUGGGACAACCAGGACCUAAAGGCGACCCCGGGUCUGAGGGGUUAAUAGGGAUACCAGGUCAGCCAGGAGAGGACGGAGCCCCGGGACAAAAGGGUGACAUCGGGUUACCGGGGCCCAGGGGACCUGACGGAGCUCCCGGUAAAGGUGUACCUGGAGGAAAGGGGGACAGAGGGGACCGGGGGACGAGAGGACCAUCGGGUGCAGUCGGUCCAGUGGGACCAAUGGGUCCAAAGGGGGGACCGGGAAUAAUUGGGCCUCCAGGAGUAGCUGGACUACCAGGGCGGGGGAUAGCUGGUUCCAAGGGAGAACCAGGUCCUCGAGGUGCAACUGGAGCUGUAGGAGAGCCAGGGAUCGGUUUAACGGGACCCAAGGGAGACAGAGGGUCACCAGGGCCUGCUGGAGCACCUGGACUGAAAGGUGAAGGAUACUCCGGCCCUCCAGGACUUCCUGGGCCUCCCGGUCUGCUUGGAGAGACUGGAGCUGAUGGUGUUGGUUUACCUGGAUCAAAGGGGGACAGAGGACUGCCUGGACCACCUGGACCUGCCGGGCCACCAGGAGUUGGCGUAAUUGGUUCAAAGGGCUCAGUUGGCAGAAUGGGCCCGGCUGGUCCACAGGGGUUACCUGGAGAGGGCAUCCAAGGACAAAAGGGUGAGCCUGGGUUUCAGGGGAUACCGGGCCCCAAAGGUCCUCCAGGACAAGGUCUACAGGGGGACAAGGGUGAACGAGGGUUCAGAGGUGACAAAGGCAUAAAGGGAGACAGAGGAGAACCUGGAGAGGCAGGAGCCGUCGGGCCUUUGGGUAGAGUGGGACACAAGGGAGAGCCUGGACUUACAAGGGAAGAAAUCAUCAAAAUAGUGAGAUCGAUCUGCAGUUGUGGAGUGACUUGCCGUCAAACCCCCUUGGAGCUGGUGUUUGUGAUUGACAGCUCCGAGAGCGUCGGCCCAGACAACUUCAACGUGAUCAAAGACUUUGUAAACGCUCUGAUCGACCGCGCCUCGGUCAGCCGGGACACCACGCGGGUGGGCGUGGUCCUCUACAGCCACAACAACAUGGUGGUGGUCAGCCUCAGACAGGAAGCCACUCGUGAUGAGAUCAAGUCCAAGGUGCGUUCAAUGACCUACAUGGGCGAGGGGACGUACACAGGGAGAGCCAUCCAAACGGCCAACCAGGUGUUCAAGGAGGCCCGGGCAGGUGUGAAAAAGGUAGCAAUCAUCAUCACAGACGGCCAGGCGGACAAAAGAGACGUGGUCAGCCUGGAGAGCGCCGUGUCAGAGGCUCAGAGGAGUAACGUGGAGAUGUUUGUGAUCGGGGUGGUGAACGAAAGCGAGCCUCUGUAUGAAGACUUCAGGAAGGAGCUCGAUCUGAUGGCGUCUGACCCCGACAGCGACCAUGUGUACCUGAUAGAUGAAUUCAAAGCACUCCCAGCUCUGGAGAAGAAACUGUUGAGUCGUAUCUGUGAGGACGGAGAGAGACAGUUGUUCAGUUCCGUCCCGAGCUCCGGACUGGCUCCAGGAAUCCCUGAGGUCUCGAGUAAUGUUCGAGAACCCCCAUACAGGACGGACACACCCACCUUCACCGGAGACUUCAGGAGACUUCAAACAGGGCCCGGACCUCCAGCUCCACAACCCAACAGAGAACCCAUCGCUCCACAGAGACCGAAGACCGAAGACAUAUCUUUCUCUGAAACACAGUGGCUUCCAUUACCCUUCAAACCUGUUAAAGAGUUCGGACAGGAGUUCAACAUGAAGCACCCCAACCAACGUACGGUCAUGACAGAAGCCAUGAGACCUGCGGGUCCAACUCUUAAGGUCCCACCUGCGAAGAAGACACCGCCACCAUCAGCCCCGACUCCUCCACAGCAGCCUCCUGACCCCCAAAGAUCAGAGAGCUGCAGCCACGUCCUGGAUCCGGGUCCUUGUCGGGACUACGUGGUGAAGUGGUACUACGACGCCACGGCUAACUCCUGCGCUCAGUUCUGGUUCGGAGGCUGCAAAGGUAACAGCAACCAGUUUGAGACGGAGAAGAGCUGCAGGGACACCUGCGUCAAAGCCUGAGAUACACACAAACAACCAGAUACAUAGAUAAUAACAAAACACUUCAAGCUCACUCAAGCUGCGACUUGACUUUGAGGUCGACUUCAACUUCAACUUGUAGUAUUAAAGGUUUAAAAAUUCUCAGUAGCUAAGCAACAUUCAACAUGUUUUCUGCCUCCUGGCCUGAAGGAUUUCUGUAUUGAUUGUGUCAAAGCAGCAGUGAUCAACAUCUGUGGUCUAACGUACACACUGUAAUAAAAUGUCUCCAUAACCACUAACCUUUAUUCAGAAAAAAUAACCUUCUGUAUUGUGCAAGAUGCAAUGAUGUAUUUUUUUACAUUAUGUCCAAAGUUUUUAAUGUUUUUUAAAACU